AUGGCCUCUCAUCAAAUUACGCAACGGGUUGGCUCAAAAUCAACGAUGAAGCACAUAUUACUAUCACAGCGUAUUAUAGCAGUUCUUCUAGCUAUCUCUGGAGUUUUAGCCAACACGGAGUCGUUAGUUUUUCGAGUCCCCGAAGGAGAAUAUAGCAGUGCUGAACUAACCACAGACAAUGACCCACUGCUGGUUUUGAAAAACACCAACCGUGCUAUUGGUAGGUUUGAGGUGCCAAUAGAUAAUACUAGAUUUGAAGUUGAGCUAAAAGGUGUUGUCCCAGGCGAUACUUACCAAGCUAAAUUUUGUUGGACCGCUGCCAACCCUGUAGAGAUUAAUGAGAUUGGUUUUGCCGUCGAUAAAAGCUCAUCACUGCCGCAAGACAAGACACUUAAAUCAGUGGUUUACCUCCAGGUCUCUGGCAACUCCUAUCCAGAGCUACGCAGUCCUACAGUUCCCAUCAAUGUGUCUGUAGCUGCCGUGCGAUUUGGUAUUCCCGUGGACAUGUAUGCCACUAUCAUAUACAUUGCAUUGCUGAUGACUCUGGUUUACUUGCUGAACAGUCAUUACGAUCUAUACACAAUGCUCAGAAAUUUCUGA